CUGCCGGUGUUGGAGGUAGCUGAAGACAUGGACCUCGCCGCGAAGGACUCUUAUAUUCAGAAACUUGCUAGUAAAGUAAUUUUCCAGCGAGAGAAGGAGCCAAGGACGAGACCGUUUGUUCAUUUCAAGGGUAAAAGUGACACAGAUCUUCCAAGCAAGAAGAAAAAGAAAUUGAAAAAGAAGAAUUUGAAAGAGAACAGCGCUGAGAAGUCGCCCAAACCCCCACAGAAGCCGUCUCUUUCUCCAGCAGCUCAGAAAAGCCUUGGGAAAACAAAUGCAACUACUCAGAGCGUGAAUGGAAAUACGCUGCACACACCUAAAGCGACGGCAGAUGCAAGCUUCUCGACUGUGGAUGUUUUACGCAAAAGACUACAUGAGAAGAUUGAAGAGUCCAGAGGGCAGGGAGCUCCAAAGAAUGCAUUAUCAGAGGCCGCCAUGGCAAAGCGCGCAAAGCGAAAGAUGGAUCGGGAGCGUAAGAAGAGGAAGAGGAAAGAGUUUCGAAUGAAGGAGCUUGCAGAAAAAAGUGCUCAGGAGCAGCCUGUGGAGACAAAAGAAGAACCGACCGCUCCCGCCGCAGAUAAAAGGGUCAAGGCGGCGAUUGUCUUUAAUAAAGUAGAGACGGUGGAAAAGGGUUAUGAAACUAAAGUGCAGGCAAAAAUCAAGAAGAAAAAGAGCGAAAAGGGUAAGAUAACGCCACUGACUGGGAAAAACUACAAGCAGCUUCUGAGCCGGGUGGAGGCUCGCAAACAGAAGCUGGAGCAGCUGAAGGAGAAGGACGAGGCGAAGGCUUCCGAGAUGGAGACCAAGAUCAAAUGGACCAACAUGCUGUACAAGGCAGAGGGUAUCAAAAUCAAGGAUGACGAAGACCUACUGCGGGCCUCUUUAAAGAGGAAGGAGAAGAGGCGUUCCCAGAGGAAGAAGAAGUGGGAGCAGCGAAGCGAGAACGUGGUUGAAAAGAUGCAGAAAAGACAGGACAAGAGGAAGAAGAACAUCCAGAAACGCAAGCAGGUUAAAAUAGAGAAGAAGAAGGACAAAGCGAGAAAGAAGGGCCGAGUGCUGCCUGAGGACUUAAAGAAAGCCGCUGUUUAGAGGAAGAUACGUUUCCUUAUGCGGUGGAUCUCUAUGUAUGGCAGUUACGUUGUUUUUACAUGAAGUCCAACAGUGCUCCUUGUCGACAAAUUGAUAGUUUCCUUCCUUUAAGGGAAUAAUACAAUGUGUUUCAUAAUAAAAUGAUAUUUUUGCUUAUGCUGAAUGUAAGUGAAAUUCUGCGGUGAAAUGUCUUUAUUUUGAACAAGUAAAGGAAUUUCUUCCUUCCUUAA